GAGAAAAUUUAGAGAGAGAGAGAGAAACAAACAGAGAGAAGAUUAUCUCCACCUUCAUCUUCUUCUUCUUCUGAAGAGACUGGUUUUUAGGUGUGUUUUCACAUCUCUACAGUCUCUCUCUCUCUCUCUCUCUCUCAAACUCUCUUUCUGACUCUUCGGUCAUGAGGCGAGGCAGGGCACCCAGGGCUGCGGCGGCGCCACCGUCCACGGCGGCCGGAGAAGCCAACGGAUCUGGAUCGAGAACGGAGAUUAGGUUUCGAGGAGUGAGAAAGAGACCGUGGGGCCGAUUCGCCGCAGAGAUCAGAGACCCAUGGAAGAAGACUAGGGUUUGGCUCGGUACCUUCGAUUCCGCCGAGGACGCUGCUCGAGCCUACGAUUCGGCCGCUCGAACGCUCCGUGGAGCCAAAGCAAAGACCAAUUUCCCUCUCUCGCCGUUUCAACAAAACCCUAACAACGAUCUGCUCAUCGAGAACCGGUUGUACCCUAAUCAUCAUCUCCAAAACCACCAGAUUGUUCCUCAGAGGCCGACUUCGAGCAGUUUGAGUAGCACUGUGGAGUCUUUCAGUGGGCCCAAGCCACCGCAGACGGCGGUUGCUCCGCCGUCUGUGUCCCGGCGGUACCCCCGGACGCCGCCGAUCUUGCCGGACGAUUGCCGUAGCGACUGCGAUUCUUCGUCUUCGGUUGUCGAUGAUGGAGAUGGAGACAUCGCUUCGUCGUCGUUUCAAAAGCCCUACUCUUUCGAUCUCAAUGUUCGAUCUAUACCCGACUAUAUCGAUCUCAACGUUCGACCCUACUCUUUCGAUCUCAACGUUCCUCCAGUGCUGGACACAGAGCUUCGUCUCUGACGACGUUGAAUCGAUCGGUCCGUUCGAACUUUUCUAAUCAAAUCAAACCAAAUCAAAAUCUUUAAUCUUUUUGUUCUCUCUCUCUCUCUCUCAAAAAAAAAAAAAAAUCUGAGGAAAAAGAAAAAAGAAAAAAGAAAAAAAGAAAAGAAGAAAAGAAGAUGAUGAUGAUGAUGAUAGAUGAAAAUAUUAAGACAAGAGAUGAUCAAAUCGUCUUCUAUAAGUCUUGAGUCUGAUUAGUGAUUCCAUGUUGUUUGAAGAUAAUUUACCUUCACAUCUUUUCUUUUUUUAUCUUUGAUUGUUAGAUUAUAUUAGGGGAUUGUGGAUGAUCUUGAUCUGGGAGUUUCUUCAACUAUAUCUGAGCUUUGAAGUCAUAUUCACAUGUAGAAACAAAGGGAUCAUUUCUGAUCUGUUAUGGGUUUUCCUCAUUUUGAUCUAUUAUGCCUCAAACCCUUCAUUUCCUGUAUAAAUUUUUUUUUAUCUAAUUCAAUGUUAGUUAAAGAAACUUAUAAUCC